GAUAUCGUAUCAGUUCUUAUGCACUGGAAGAAAAUUGGCAAAGGGAGGAAAAAACCUGGCACAUGUCAGAAAAACACGAAACACUCGGCUUCACAACCUUCUCAUCACCAUUUUCACUUCCAUUGGACCUCUUCUUCCGAUUUUCUAAGUUUCUAGAACUAAAGAUGGAAAAUCCUUCUUCAGAGAAGGUGGUGAAUGAGGCACAGGACCUGUUAAAAGCUGCUCUACUUACAAACAGAACAGACUAUGUAAACACCCUUCUGGACUUAAACCUUCCAAUAUCAGAACAUGCUGCAGGCAUGCUAAUUGACGAGCUCUACAAGAAUACCUUGUCUGCACACAUUACAGAAAAGAAUGAUUCUUCGGGCAUGAGCUGGGUUUUAAUGGAAAUGGAGAAAGGGAAGGAGAAACUUGCAAAGCAUCUUUUUGAUGGUGAAACAGAUUGCCAUAAAAUUGCUCAGAAAAUGUGUAAAAGACUUCUUAAUUACAACAAAACUGAGGAUCCCAGAUUAUUUACAAACUGUAGGACUCAGAGAAGAAAAGAAUAUGUGUAUCGACAAAAUCUUCUACAGGCAGUCCUUCUGUGGUCAUUAUUGACUCAUAGGACGGACAUUGCUACCCUGGUCUGGAGGAGAGUAGCCAAUCAACUCUAUACUGGUCUUGUCAGUGCAUUAAUUCUCCAAAAGAUGUCUUCCAUAGCCAAACUGAAGGAUGAUAAGCUUUCAGAAAAGCUAAAGGAACAGUCAAAAGUUUUUAGAGACCGGGUUUUAAGCAUGAUGGACAAUCUUUAUCAGACAGACGAAGUACUUGCUUUUGAAAUUUUGGACGAAUUGGACACAGUCUGGACUAUCCAAGCCCGACCUCUAUCAUUUGCAUAUGAAUCUAAGAUGUACGAUAUCAUUGCCCAUCCAUGUUCCGUUGGUCUCUUGGACAAGAUAUGGUAUAAUGGUCUUAUUCCGAGCGGUUUGAGAUUUUGCACAGAUUUUUGGAAGCACCCUUACGUCUCAGGAGGUGCCCCUUGUUUCCAUUUUGUUCUACAUUACUUAUUCUUUGGGAUUAUCCUCCUGAUGUACAGCUUUGUCGUACUAACACCUCUAAAAAGAUAUGAGGACAUGUCUUUGUUCCUACUACUGUUUGAAUUCAGCCUCUACGUCUGGACAGGCUUAGAUUUCUUCAAUGACAUCGUCAGCAUUAUGGGCAUUUUAUGGAAAAGAACAGAAACAAGGAGGAAAGGCAGAUACAGAUUUCUCUCUCGAUUAAAUGACAUGUGGAAGGUUUUGGGACUCGUUUGUGUCAUUCUAGUUGUUUUUACUGUAAUAUCUAGACGGAAACCAACCAAGACUUUCACAAUGGCUACUCGCUUGUGUGCCCUUUUACUGCUGUUCUCGUACCUGCGGUACAUGCGUGUUUUUGUUAUUCACCGGUACACAGGAAUAACCUUCCUUUUCCUCAAACACAUGCUGCUAAAUCUGAUGCAGUUUUUAAUUACGAUCGCAUUCUUUGUGCUGGGGGUAGGAAUAUUUAUUGAGGCUAUGAUCCACCGGAACCAACCAGAUUUGUUUCCUGGGAAAUGGUACGACUGGCGAAUCUGGCGUAUUAUCUACUAUCCCUUCUACCAGUAUUACGGAGAAUCGUUUGAUGAUGAGUUUGGUGUGGAGAAAAGCAAUGCAGACGUUGAUUGGAGCGUGAAAGCUGUAGUAGCAGCAAUACAUAUGAUGGUGGGCAAUCUGCUCAUUGUUAACUUAAUUAUCGCCCUAUUUACAACAACUUAUGAAAAAGUUCUGGCGAAAUCUGCACUCAUUUGGCAAUAUGAAAGGUACCACGUGAUUCAAGACUUCAGACGCAGGACAUUCGGAAACCUUGACUACAUCAAUCUAUGGCGCUUGAUUAAACUUUGUAAAAGAAAACGCAAUAAUGUACAAAAGGAAUUGAAACGUACUCGUGAACGCCAGAUUCUACAGUAUAUCAUGGCUGGAAGAUCCUUAGAGAAAUAAAAAAUAAUUGAACAUUCUCUU